AUGUCUGACGCCAAGGACAAGAGAAAGCAAGCUCAAGACCACGCCGUGUUGCCCAGCCAGAAGAAGGCGCGCGAGGAGGAUGCCACGGCGGUCACCGACGAGGAGGUGGAGGAGUUCUACGCCAUUCUCCGCCGAAUAAACACGGCGGUGAAGUAUUUCAAGAGCUACGGCGAUGACGUGGCGGCCUUGGAGAAGGAUAUCAUGCAGCAAGUGAAGGAGGCAACGAAGAAUGAGAAGGAGGGUGACGUGGAAGAGAACUUUCGUUUGGAUCUAAAUGUCUCUCCCCAAACCCCAACCUGA